CCUGUUCGGUGAACGUCGACCGAUUGAAACGGUGGCCCAUAAUGCAUUGCGAUGGCGGGUCGGCGGGUGAGGGCGGGGCCAGGGCCGGAAGUGGAACGGUGGCGGCGGCGGCUCUGGCAGCUGAAGACUGACUGCAAGUCACAGAAUCACCAUGAUUCUUCAGAGGCUCUUCAGGUUCUCCUCUCUCAUCCAGUCUGCAGUCUCAGUCCAUUUGAGGAGGAACAUUGGUGCUACAGCAGUGGCUUUGAAGGAACUUGAUCCUAUACAGAAACUCUUCUUGGACAAGAUUAGAGAAUACAGAACUAAGCGACAGUCAUCUGCAGGACCUGUUGAUACUGGCCCAGAGUAUCAACAAGAUCUGGAGAGGGAGCUUUUUAAGCUUAAACAAAUGUAUGGUAAAGGAGACAUGACUACAUUCCCUAACUUCAAAUUUGAAGAUCCGAAAUUUGAAGUCAUCGAAAAACCCCAGUCCUGAAGAAAUACAUAAAAUCUACCUGCUAAUUUGUUCUAGAUUAGUUGUACAAUUGAUCAGAAGGUAUCAAUAAACAACAUUUCACAGCUGC